UCAUUUCAAUUGAGUUUGGUUUGGUUGGUCGCUGUGUUUCUAUUUAUUUGGGCGUUGGACAAAUUAUUUAUUAUUAAUUGAAUGAAUAAAUUUAAUAAAAUAAACAUUUUCAUAUCAAGUUGUUCUAGCUUAUAAUUAAUACCAAGCGAAUCUUUCCCAUUUGACGAAGUGCAAUGCGAAUUUCCAUUUAAAGUUGGAUUUUUAAAUUGAGAAGUGUGUGAAGCUCCUCGAAUCGCUUGAAUUUUCUACCCCUUGAAUCUCGAACUAUGUCAACAAUCGAUGAACGUAAGGCCUAUCUGAAUAAUCCCUAUUUCACUGGACACAUUUACGGCAACUUCUCACCAUUUUACGUUACCAUCACAAUUUGUACCUUAGUCUUGUUGACGGUUCUUAUUUUGAAUAUUUAUUUGACCUGCUGCUCGAAGUAUAGAAAAUACUGGCAGGACAGGCAUACAGGUAAUCGUUGGCUGGUUUCUAUUUGGUCGGCUACACCACAUAAUCAGCCACCACUUGAUUUCACUGAACUCAAGGACGCCAGUCACUUUGCUAGGACUGAGACUCAGCACAUUUUCAACGAAGAAAUCGAUUCGGCCACAGCUCCAAUCCACCAAGAGCAUCAAUAUCAAUACCAUCACCAACAAGAACGUCCAGCACGUCCAUCCCGCCAACAACGCGAAGAAUACGUUGAAUUACAAAAACGCGAAAGCGAUAUUUAAUUAAAUCCAAAUUACAAUUCAACAAAAAACAAAA